GGGAGGAAGCGUGUACGCGCACAUACGGGAACUCUCGUCUCCCUCACGGCGCAGUUCACGUGCGCUAGUCCUUUCUUGGUUGCGCGGCGAGAAGUCACGGCGCGGAUGGACAGGCAGAGUCAAUAAAACAGCCUCGACUAUCUGAAAACUGCCUGCUAGCAAGCCAUAACAAUGCCAGCCUAUUUUCAGAGACCGGAGAACGCUCUUAAGCGAGCAAACGAGUUUCUUGAAGUUGGUAAAAAGCAGCCAGCUUUGGAUGUGCUCUACGAUGUCAUCAAGAGCAAAAAACAUCGAACAUGGCAGAAGAUACACGAGCCUAUCAUGCUCAAAUACUUGGAGCUCUGUGUGGACCUGCGCAAGAGCCACUUGGCAAAGGAGGGACUGUAUCAGUACAAAAACAUCUGUCAACAGGUGAAUAUCAAAUCUCUGGAGGAUGUGGUCCGUGCUUACCUGAAACUUGCAGAGGAGAAGACUGAGACAGCGAAAGAGGAGUCUCAGCAGAUGGUGCUGGACAUUGAGGAUCUGGACAACAUUCAGACCCCAGAAAGUGUUCUGUUGAGUGCCGUCAGUGGUGAAGACACUCAAGACCGCACUGACAGACUUCUGCUGACGCCUUGGGUAAAGUUCUUGUGGGAGUCGUACCGCCAGUGCCUGGACCUGCUAAGGAAUAACUCCAAAGUGGAGCGCCUUUACCAUGACAUUGCUCAGCAAGCGUUUAAGUUUUGCCUGCAGUACACCCGUAAAGCAGAGUUCCGUAAGCUGUGUGACAACCUGCGAAUGCAUCUGGGACAGAUUCAACGACAUCACAACCAGAGCACUGCCAUUAACCUGAACAAUCCCGAGAGCCAGUCCAUGCAUCUUGAGACACGUCUGGUCCAGCUGGACAGCGCUAUUAGCAUGGAGCUGUGGCAGGAAGCAUUCAAAGCAGUUGAAGACAUCCAUGGAUUGUUUGCCCUCUCAAAGAAGCCCCCUAAACCCCAACUUAUGGCCAAUUACUACAAUAAGGUGUCCACUGUAUUCUGGAAGUCUGGCAAUGCCUUAUUCCAUGCCUGCACCCUACACAGACUUUAUCACCUCUCCCGGGAAAUGCGCAAGAACCUUACCCCAGAAGAGAUGCAGAGAAUGUCCACUCGAGUGCUUUUGGCCACUUUGUCUAUUCCCAUCACUCCUGAGCGUACUGAUAUCGCUCGUCUGUUGGACAUGGAUGGCAUCAUUGUAGAGAAACAACGCAGACUGGCUACUUUGCUUGGCCUUCAGUCUCCACCCACCCGCCAGAGUCUCAUCAAUGACAUGGUGAGAUUCAACCUGCUUCAGUAUGUUGUUCCUGAAGUCAAAGAGCUCUACAAUUGGUUGGAGGUGGACUUCCACCCUCUAAAACUUUGUGGAAGAGUGACUAAAGUGCUGAACUGGGUGAGGGACCAAGUUGAGAAAGAAUCAGACCUGCAGCAUUAUGUUCCUCACUUGCAGAACAACACCAUCCUCAGACUGCUACAACAGGUGGCUCAGAUCUACCAGAGCAUUGAGUUCAGCAGGUUAGCAUCUCUGGUACCAUUUGUCGAUGCUUUCCAACUGGAGCGCUCAAUUGUAGAUGCAGCACGGCACUGUGACCUACAGUCUCUAAGGGGGCUUUUACACUGGGCACGUUUGCUGCGGUUUGAGCCCGGGCACUAUUGUUCCUGGUGCCCCCCGCCAUGUUGGUCUGGUUUCACACUAAACUUGAUUCUAUCGAACUCUGGUGUGUUUGCAUUAUCUUACGUCCUUAAACAGGAGGCCAAAGAGCGAGAAAAGGAGCGCAUCAUGCAAGAACACGAGCAAAUCAAAAAGAAGACAGUGCGUGAGCGACUGGAGCAGAUCAAGAAGACUGAGCUGGGAGCCAAGGCCUUUAAAGACAUUGAUAUUGAGGAUCUGGAAGAGCUGGACCCUGACUUCAUCAUGGCCAAACAGGUAGAACAACUAGAAAAAGAGAAGAAAGAACUUCAGGAGCGUCUGAAAAACCAGGAAAAGAAGAUCGACUACUUUGAGAGAGCCAAGCGCCUUGAGGAGAUUCCCCUGAUCAAGAAAGCCUAUGAGGAGCAGCGCAUCAAAGACAUGGAGUUAUGGGAGCUGCAGGAGGAAGAGAGGAUCAGCAAUAUGAAGAUGGAGCGUGAGAAGGCGCUGGAACACAAACAGAGAAUGUCAAGGAUGAUGGAGGACAAGGAGAACUUCCUGUCCAAAAUUAAAGCUGCUCGAAGCUUCAUUUAUGAGGAAAAACUCAAGCAGUUCCAAGAACGUUUGGUUGAGGAGAGGAAGAAGCGUCUUGAGGAGCGAAAGAAGCAGCGUAAGGAGGACAGACGAAAUGCCUUCUAUCGCCAGAAAGAAGAGGAAGCUCAGAGAAUCCAUGAGGAACAGCUCAAGAAAGAGCGGGAAGAGCGUGAACGCUUGGAACAGGAGCAAAGAGAGGAGGAAGAACGCGAAUACCAGGAGCGCUUGCGUAAGCUGGAGGAACAGGAGAGAAAGCAGCGUGCCCGUCAACAGGAAAUUGAGGAGCGUGAACGCCGCAAGGAGGAGGAAAGGAAGGCACCAGAAGAAAAACCCACCAAGGACUGGGGUGAACGGGAAGAAGGAGGCUGGAGGAAGCGAGGUGAGGGUGAUUCAGAAUGGCGACGUCCUGUUGCUGACCGUGAAUGGCGUCAAGAGGAGCGUGAAGGCCAUGAAGACAAUGAUCGAGAAGACCGUGACCGUGAAGUGCCCUUCCGAAGAGGAGGAGAAAGUUCUCGUCGUGGUGGUUCAGAUGACAGAGGACUCCGCCGUGGUUUUGAUGACGAACGAGGUCCGCGCCGAGGAGGUGACGAUGACCGUGGACCUAAACGGGGCUUUGAUGAUGACCGUGGUCCCAGGAGGGGCUUUGAUGAUGACCGAGGACCCCGAAGAGGCGAUGACGACCGUGGGCCAAGGCGUGGAAUGGAUGACGACCGUGGCCCAAGAAGAGGCUUUGAUGACGACCGUGGGCCCCGUAGAAGCAUGGAUGAACCCAGAGGGCCUCGACGUGGGGCAGAUGAUGACUGGGGCCCCAGAAGAGGAGGGGAUGAUGAGAGGGGAGGCCGCAGGGGUAUGGAUGACUCUGGCCCACGUCGUGGAGAUGACCCUAAACCCUGGAAACCACUUGGGAGACCAGGUGUGAGCUCAGAUGGUGGAUGGAGAGAGCGAGAGAAGGCUCGGGAAGAAAGCUGGGGACCUCCUCGUGAUACUGGCCAUGAUGAUGGUGAGCCUGAGGGAGAUGACCGUCACGAGGGAGAUCGAUUUAGAGAUCGACGCCCUCCCAGGGAAGAAGGGGGUGGCUGGAGAAGAGGUGGUGCUGAGGAGCAGAGCAGUUGGCGUGACUCUCGCCGUGAAGAAUUUGACCGUGAUGAUCGUCGUGAACGCCGUGACAUGAGGGACCGCAGAGAUGACCGUGAUAACAGAGGCCCCCAGAGAGACCCUAAUGAAGGUGGUUCAUGGCGUCGUGGUGGCGAUGAGCGCAAGGACGAAAGAGAAGCUCCUCCCAGACCACAUGACCGGGACCGUGAUGGCGGUGAGAAGAGCACCUGGCGCUCUGACAAAGAUAAGGAAAAUCUGCGCCGGACCAAGAACGAGACGGAUGAUGAUGGCUGGACCACUGUCCGCCGCUAAUUCUAAAGCAUCAAAAUUUUUCCGCUUGAUGAUGUACUAAGCCUUGAUGUGUUCUCUAAUUAGUACAGGUCACUGCUUACAUUAACGUGAAAUACAAGCUUUGCCAUAAAAUUACAACACUUGCAAUGGGUUUUCAAACAUGGCAAUUUAUAUUUCAUCCCUUUUUAAAAACUUACAUUUGAAAAGUAUCUCAUUCCUUUUUGUUAUGCAUGCUUAGAGGAUUCAAUUGGUCACACAAAAUUACGUAGAUGUUUUUUCUUUGAGGUGCGGAUGUUGUAGAACAUGAACGUUUUUGCAUGACGUCAAAGGUGUGGUGAGGUUUUGAGAUGAAAUCAUCAGGUUAUCUUUACAGCUGUGUCCAUGCUGUAGUUGCUGCUUAUGCUGUGGUUGUAUGCCCUCUAGAAAUAUGAAAAAAAAAACUUUAUUAAUAAAGUCAUUUGCUCAUUAAA